GAGAAGAGAUAGUAUACGUCUUGUUGCUAAACGUCUGAGCAUAAUGGUUAAUGGUCUCAAAGAAGACGAAGCUAACCGAUCUAUUCUUAUAAGCCCGGAAAGAAAGGAUCCUCUCAUCGAUGCCCGAACAAAUUCACCUUACGUAAAGAAUUCAAUAACAACAUCGCGUUACACGUUUUGGAACUUUCUUCCUAAACAAAUUUGGUACCAAUUCUCAAAGAUUGCUAAUUUCUACUUUCUUUUUGUUGCCGCCUUGCAAGCAAUUCCUGGGUUCUCACCGACUGGUCAAUUUACUACUAUCAUUCCGUUGAGUAUAUUUAUCAGCAUUGCUAUUGCACAUGAAGGAUUUGAUGAUUUUCGUAGGCAUAGGCAAGAUCAGGUGGAAAAUAACAAGGAGUGUUCGGUAUUAAGAGUUUAUCGAUCCAGCGAUAGAAAUGGGGCUUCAAAGAGAUUUGGUGUGUGGAAUAAGAUAAAAUGGAAGCAAUUGGAAGUUGGUGAUCUCGUAUUGGUAAAAGCACAAGAAUGGGUGCCUGCAGACUUGUUAUUGCUCCAUUCAAAAGGGGAGAAUGGAGCUUGUUUCAUAGAGACUGCUGCAUUGGAUGGCGAAACUAACUUGAAACAACGUCAGGCUCUAAAGGAGACAAACUCUUUGGAAAACAUGGAUGCUCUUGCUAAUUUCGAAGCCACAGUCACCACCGAGAAUCCAAAUCAGGAUUUAUACAAUUUUGAUGGAUCAAUAAAGUUACCGAACGGGAAGACACUAGGGCUAUCAAACGAUCAAAUAUUGUUGCGCGGUACUAUUCUACGUAAUACACCCGAGGUAUAUGGACUAGUCGUAUUUACUGGAGAAGAAACAAAACUCCGGAUGAAUGCUUCGAAGAAUAUAAGAACAAAAGCUCCGACAAUACAACAUUUGAUGAAUCGUGUAGUCAUGAUAAUUUUCACUUUUGUGAUAUCAUUGUCUGUAAUAUGCACCAUACUUGCAGCACUUUGGAAUCGUUAUGCUGAGAGUAAAGCUUGGUAUUUGUUAGGAGCGGAGGGAACGUUACACACAAAGUUAUUUACCUUCAUCAUUCUAUUUAAUACAAUGAUUCCAAUUUCUCUCUAUGUUACCAUGGAAAUAGUUAAACUAGCGCAAGCUUACUUUAUAAAUUGUGAUUUGGAAAUGUAUCACAAAGAGACCGACACUCCAGCCGAGGCUCGUACAUCAACAAUCAAUGAAGAAUUGGGCCAGGUGAAAUAUCUGUUUUCUGAUAAAACUGGAACUUUGACAGACAAUAUAAUGCUCUUCAGGAAAAUCAGUGUAGGCGGUCGGGCGUUCUUGCACGACUUGGAUCUGCGUAGAAUUGAGGAAGAAGAAUUGUUAGCAGCAUUAAGACAACCGAGGAAACCAUCGCGCUUGCGAAAGAGAUUUUCGUUGUCCAUAGGACGUAAUCGAAGUGAAGGUUCCGAGGAUCUGAACAGUAUUCAGAUGAUAUCACUAGGGCGUAGAGAAUCUACCCGUAGUGGGCAUUUUUCAAUGAUUGCACCGGCAGCCAUUGGACCAUCUCCGCUUUACACACGAGGCUCGAUUUCCAGGUCUUCAACAAGGUCUACCACGAGUAAAAAUAAAGAUGGCGACGGACAAAUCCGUUCUACUCUUGAUCUAUUGACAAUUAUACAACAUCAGUCCAAUACCCCAUUUGGCGAGAAAGCACGAUUCUUCUUGCUUGCCAUUGCACUUUGUCACACGUGCGUUCCAGAGAUUGACAAGGAAACCGAUGAUGUAUUUUAUCAAGCUGCCUCUCCUGAUGAAUUUGCACUUGUAACGGCAGCAAAGGAAUUAGGUUAUGUGGUGAUAGACAAAUCGAUGUCCUCAGUAUCGCUUUUGAUCAAUAACGAGGGCCCGGUCGGAUUGAAUGCACCGAAUAAAGAUACAGCAACUUAUGAAACCUACCAGAUCUUGAAUGUCAUUGAAUUUUCAAGUAAACGUAAGAGAAUGUCAGUUAUAUACCGUCUACCUGAUGGCAGGAUUUGUUUGCUUUGCAAGGGUGCCGACUCUAUUGUUCUUGAGCUAUUGAGAGAUCCUAAAAAUUCGGGACUCAAAGGAAAAGCAACAUUGGGUACCGAUAAGGAAAAAUCGAGCCAACGUGAAGGAGACAUAAAAGAAAAGUUUGUGGAUGCUAAUUUAGGCGCAGAGGAACAGUAUCCAAUCUCGAAUCCCACCAUUGUCGAUGAUUCAUUUGCAUCCCGUAGUAAUUUACAUGAACGAAGUCAAAGUGUGAAAUCCGAGUUAUCCGUGAUUGAUCU